CACUCCUACUGUCUGUCGUUGCGAGCGGUGUGAAUUGGUCUUUUAGAGACCAAACUGCUUUUAUAUCCACAGAACAUGCGUUCAUUCAAAAAUGAACCUCUUCAUUUUGUUCACACUGUCUACAUUCUUCGUGUCAGGUGCUUCUGGUGUUGAGACAGAUGGAGUCUCAGUGUCAGUGAUGGAGGGAGAUUCAGUCACUCUACACACUGGUGUUGAAACAAACCAACAAGACAGAAUGAAAUGGUAUUUUAAUGACACUCGCAUCGCUCAACUGAUUGGAGAUCAGAGUAAGAUCUGUACAGAUGAUCAGUGUAAAGAGAGAUUCAGAGACAGACUGAAGCUGGACAGUCACAGUGGUGAUUUGACCAUCAUGAACAUCAACACCACACACUCUGGAGUGUAUAAACUGCACAUUUUCAGGAGAAGAAUCAUUCAAAAGAUCUUCAAUAUUGCAGUUCGUGAUGUUCCAGGUGCAGAGACAGAUAAAAUGAAGACAAAGUCAGUGAAGGAGGGAGAAUCUGUCACUUUAGAUCCUGGUGUAAUAAAAAACACAGAUGAUGUGAUGACGUGGAAUUUUAAUGACAUUCUCAUCACUGAAAUCACCAGAGAUCACCUUAAGAUCUGUGAAGAUGUCAAGUGUAAUAGUACUGGGAGAUUCAGAGACAGACUGAAGCUGGACAAUCAGACUGGAUCUCUGACCAUCACAAACAUCACAACCACAGACGCUGGAGUUUAUAAACUACAGAUCAACAGCAGCAUCCGACCUCACUACAGCAUCAACAGCAUUAAGAGAUUCAGCCUUACUGUCACUGAUGCUUCUGGUGUUGAAACCGAUGGCAUGUCAGCAAAUGUGAUGGAGGGAGAUUCAGUCACUCUACACAAUGAUGUUCAGAUGAACCAUCAAGACAGGAUUAGAUGGUAUUUUAAUAAGACUCUCAUCGCUCAAAUCAUUGGAGAUCAGAGUAAAAUCUGUACAGUUGAUCAGUGUAAAGAGAGAUUCAGAGAGACGGACUGA